GCUAUCGGUUCUGGUAGCGAUGUUGGAGGAUCGUAAAUCAGAAAAACGGGGGAUAUGAUUGGUGCGACUCAUUCUAACUCCGAGCACCUUCGGGGCUUGAUGAUAGAAGCUGGAAUAGCUCAAAUUCCGAUGCCCAUCGGUGCUAAUAGUAAGUAAUAGGCAUCCAAAUUACCAUUUGGCAUAUAUAUUUCUUUGAACUUUGGAAAUUGUUCGGCUUCAUCAGAUUUUGAUCGCACCUAAACAUCAACAUGCCCCCAAUGGCUUUCAUAGAAUCUUGGUCGCUUGCUAGCUUCCUAGCUCCCCUUCAUCUGUUAUCAUAUUCUGCCCUCCUAGGUACCGAAUUAUACCAAACUUUCAUCGUAACGAAGGUGUGUUACCAAGAGUUACCAAGGUCCGCUUUCACAACACUUCAGAAACGCAUAUUUCCUCUUUACUUUCGCGGUCAAUCCCUACUUCUCUUGUUGACUGCAGCGACCAUUCCUCCAUAUGGACCGUUUACGCUACAGGCGAGUAAGGGAAAUUGGAUACCGUUCGUCAUCGCAGGGGUUACAGCGCUCUUGAAUUUGACUGUCUAUGGGCCUCGAACACGUAAGAUAAUGAUUGAUCGCAUUCACCAAGAAACGCGAGAUGGAACGAAGUCAACCGGUAUCGAUGUUGAAUUAAGUGACGAUAUGAGAGCAUUUAAUAGAUCUUUCUCGCGCAAUCACGCGAUGAGCAUUCAUCUUAACUUGAUCUCAAUAGGUGCCAUGGCUUGGUGGGGUUGGAAGUUGGCUUCACGAUUGGACAUUCAAUCACUGUAAAGCUUGUGGCGGGUCGGCCAGCAACGAAGAGCUGAAUUCUCCUCUUAAAUUGAUCUAUUUCUGGUUAACAUACGGUUAUUAUUGAAAAGAAUUAGAAAAAGGAGGGAAAGAAGAAGAAGGACUGUAUUAUUUGCAAUUCAUUAUGAUAUUCAUGGCUACCUCUUCAUUCCAUUUCCCGUUUAGCUGAACGUCCUACGCAGUCUACCUGAAUAUAGGUCCACCCCACCUGCACGCCAAACGAGAUGCGUCCUGUGGACAUCAGAUCUCGAGGACUAGCUUAGUACCGCUGACUCCAGCCUUUAUAAUAUCAAGGCCCUUGUUGAUACCUUGAAGACCUCCAUCGAGCAACUGGAUCUUGGGACUCGGGACGAUCUCUC